AUGGAGGAUGCCGAGCGAGACGACGGCCCGCCCGACAGUGGCUUGCCCGCGCCCGACAAGCCGGGAGCCUUUGUGAUGGGCCGGCGAAACUGCCUCGAGCUCGUGGAUCCGUUUUCCGAUGCGCUCGUCCUGGGCGACGCCAACCUGACGUUCUCCCUCGUGCUCGCGGAGCACAGGAAGUCGCUCUGUCACGUCGGCCGCACCGUGGCGACGACUUUCGAGAAGCUGGAGACGCUCAAGGAGCGCUACCCCGAGAUCGAAGACACCAUCAAGAAGCUCGAAGAGAUGGAGGCCGAAGUCCUGCACAACGUGGACUGCACCCGGCUGGCCGUCGACCCGCGCUUCAAGGGCAUGGAGGGCAAGUUCGGAGCUGUGUACUACAACUUCCCGCACGCCGGCGUGAUUCAGGGCUUCUUCGACCCGACGGGCACCCCUACGUGCGGUGGCGGCACGCCAACCUGA